CUCCGUUUCCUUAAGCUCCUGAUCCCCACACCUCUCCCACCAUCCUCUUCCGCCCAAUUGCUACCAUAAUUAGUAGCCAUGAAAUCAUCACCUAUGCAUUACCAUAGACAACAGAACGUCGGCUUCCUUAAACUCUUCAUGCUCUUAGUCCUCGGCGGUAUCACCAUGCACGUUUCUGACCCCGACGUGCCUUCCUCCCUUAGAACGCUAGCUCUCGAGGGCCAUUUCAGCUUCCAUAAUAUCUCCCAUGCUGCCAAAGACUUCGGCAACCGCUUCCAAUUCUUACCAUCAGCAGUCCUUCAUCCCGUGUCCGUUGCUGAUAUCUCUACCACCUUAAAGCAUGUGUUUCAAAUGGGCCGGGGAUCCAAGCUCACAGUUGCAGCUCGAGGCCAUGGGCAUUCGCUCCAAGGCCAGGCUCAAGCGCCUGGGGGUGUUGUCAUCGACAUGGAGUAUCUUCGGGCAACCGAGACCCAGGUGCAUGCCGGAGAUCUCCCAUAUGUCGAUGCCUCCGGAGGUGAACUGUGGAUCAAUGUUCUACUAGAGAGCCUUAAGCAUGGCCUCGCACCGAAAUCCUGGACCGACUACCUCCACCUUACCAUCGGGGGCACGCUGUCGAAUGCUGGGAUCAGUGGGCAGGCCUUUCGGCAUGGACCUCAGAUCAGCAACGUCCACCAGCUGCAAGUUGUAACAGGAAGGGGAGAAGUAAUGAACUGCUCAACCAAGGAGAAUGCUGACCUCUUCUACGGUGUUCUUGGAGGUUUAGGUCAGUUUGGAAUCAUCACCAGCGCCAGAAUUGCACUUGAACCAGCACCAAAGAUGGUGAAGUGGAUCAGAGUUCUAUACUCAGAUUUCACCAACUUUACUGAGGACCAGGAAAUGUUAAUUUCAGAAGAGAAGACUUUCGACUACAUCGAAGGCUUUGUGAUAAUAAACAGGACAGGGCUUCUGAACAAUUGGAGAUCUUCGUUCAACCAGAAGGACCCCAUUCAAGCCAGCCAAUUCAACUCUGAUGGGAGGAUUCUGUUCUGCCUCGAGAUGACUAAAAACUUCAAUCCAGAUGAGACUGAUGUGAUGAACCAGGAAGUCGAAACACUUCUGUCUAAACUUCGGUACAUACCAUCCACCUUGUUCCAGUCAGAGGUGUCAUACGUGGAGUUCUUGGACAGAGUACAUAUCUCUGAACUGAAGCUGAGAUCCCAAGGCUUGUGGGAAGUUCCACACCCAUGGUUGAAUCUUCUCAUACCAAGAACCAGAAUCCACGACUUCGCUAAAGAAGUCUUCGGCAAAAUUAUUACUGAUAGAAGCCACGGUCCCAUACUCCUAUACCCACUUAAUAGAUCCAAGUGGGACAAUAGAACAUCAGCAGUCAUUCCAGAUGAGGAAGUCUUCUACUUGGUGGCCUUCCUUUCCUCGGCACCGUCUUCAUCAGAUCAUGACAGUUUAGAGCAUGCACUGGAACAGAACGAUAAGAUCUUAGACUUCUGUAAGAAAGCUGGUAUCCGAAUGAAGCAAUACUUGCCGCACUACACCACAAUGGAAGAGUGGAAAGCCCACUUUGGGGCCACCUGGGAGAUAUUUGCCCGAAGAAAAGCUAUUUACGAUCCCCUGUCCAUUCUAGCUCCAGUACACAGAAUUUUUCAGAAGAAGGCGGUAAUUUCCUCGGGACGUUAACUUUAUAUAUGGAGAGUUCACAGCAGACGCUGUGAAAAAUCAUCGUAAAUGUAGUUGUUUUUACGUGCAAUUCCUUCACAGCUUGAGAUGGCCAGAAUAGUUAAUGGCGCAAAAAGACAAGGAGAGAGGAUUAACAAUCAAUUUUAUUCCAAACGACAACGCCAGCAAAAACAAAAGAUCUACGAAAGGAAUCUGGCCACCAGAAAUCAUUUUCAAUAUGAUGUUAGACAAGAUAUCAGAUCAGACAGAAUAAGUUGGCAUGUACAUAACCACAAUUUUCCCAAUCUUAGACAAUUUAUAUGUUUCUUGCACCUUUUUCUUUUCUUUUUUUUUUUUUGAGUAAUGGUGGAGGAAGUAAGGUACUUCAGUCAAUUGCACUAUCACUGAGCUAUGGAUCCAUUGUUAAAAAAGAAAAUUCUUGCUUGAACAUUAAGGCAGUAAAAUAGGAGAAAUGGAGAACAAGUAAUAGAUCAACAUUAAAUUGCAAAAUGUAACUUCUAGAGAAUAAAAUAACUCCAUAAAACCUGAGAUUUUAUAUAAUACAGCAUCAAGGAGAUUUUCUUCUUCUUAUUCUUCUUCUUUUUUGAAGUAUGUAAAGAACAUUCAAUGAACAUACCCUACAUUCAAGCAGGAGUGGAAACAUUAAUUUCAAA